GCAACGUGGGACGAUGAAUCCGCAGUACCGGGAGCGCGACCGCUUGAUGCAUGCCCUGGCAGAGUUUGCGUCGCAUUACGCAAACGAAUCAAGGAGGAGGAAAAGGGACAAGGCGUCGUGCGCACGGAGCGAUGUCCUUACUUGGCUUGACCAACUGACUCCAAUGGAGCGAGCUGCCGUUGCUUCGACCGUGGAUGUGCCGUUCGUGCGGCUUGUCAUUCAAAUGACAGCAGUUCCCAAGUCCAAAUUCAAAGCACGGGUUAACGAAUUCCAGGUAUUGCGACCAACGCCCAAGCAGAGCAAAGGAGUGUCUUCCUUGCCGGUCUCGACCAGCACACCUACGUUCAGCCGACGCCCCGUCGUCAAGAGUCGAGAUGGCGACGAACUGAUAGUCCCACGAACGGCAUCGUUUGACAUUGCAGCCCACACAGUCGUGACAUACAUGCGCUUAAGCAACACCCACAAGUCGUGCGACACAAUAGGACCGUGCGUAUCCCUUAUCGAGAGUGUGGAACGCUUCGUGGCCCUCAUGGACACCGUCACGAUGGGUCAUUUCUUGACCCAACCUCCCGACUCGGCCACGAUUAAAGCCAUGCCGUGGUCGGAACUUCCGUGGCUGAAACGAUAUGGCUACUACUCGAUCGCCACGUAUGUAGCCCACCAAAUGGAGCUGCAGCUGUGGCAUCACUUCAGCCUUCGGAAGCAAGCCCUCAUGAUCCCAAAGAUCGGAUGCUUGGCGACUUUUCACUUGGCUCACGAAUGGCAGCUUGCUUCGCAAACAGUUCAAAGAGAUACGCUUCGACGCGUCGCGCUGUCGACGAAGCAAUUCAUCUGUGCACUUAGCCUGGAGCCCCCCACACUGGCAUCGCUCAAGGGAUCAUUAAGUCUCCUCCAGGAGGUGAUGACCCCAUCCUGUCGUCGUACCAAAACAACCUUCGUCGACCCGAAUGGGACGUCGGCGGUGCCGUGGUUCAGCUGCACACUGAUGGAAGCAGGGACGCGGCCACAAUUUGCCAUGGUCAAGCUGCUUUGGGCCGAGGAGUUGCAAAAGGAAUGCGCCAGUUUGCUCAGGCAGUCUCUAUCGUCCACUGCCAACGCCAGCAACGAUGGAGUUCCUCGCUCGGAUCUACCACCCACACUUAAGCAAGCGAAGAAGAGAGCCCAGGCGAAACAACGCAAGCUCAAGCUUCGUGACAGUGCGCUACAUCGCACUCGGCUCGACGCUGUCUUGACGCAACUGAAGCGAACGGUUGAGGGGAAGCGGAGACAGGUGCAGGCGACGAACGCAUUGGUGGCCCAAGUGUUGUCCGAUCUCGUGGCACAAGUUUGCGACCGCAAUGCCCCACCGCUUGCCAUUCCCAGCACACCACCACCACGUCCUGCCGAACAGAGUGUACGAAAGAAGCGCAAGCACAAACCAAAGAAAAAACAGAACUUCCCGCGUGGUCCGUCGCCCCCAUCCAGCCCCCUCCGCACGCCGCCAUUGACGCCGCUCGAUUUCGAAAGCCCCACGAGCCCCAGCACGACGACACCCACCUCAAUGUUUGACGCCCCAGGAACGCUCCCUCCCUCAUCGUACUUUGACUCGUUCCAUCAUCCGUCCGAUACGUCGCCGCCCUUUUUCCCGACCACGUCGUAUCCCCCACCUUUUGCCCUCGACCAGCACCCCGACGAAACCUCGUUUUUUCUGCCGAGAUUAUUCCAAGAAGACGCUGUCCCGCCGCUCUGUCACAGCGCUCAACCGACCACGACACAAAACUGGAUGCGAACGUUUUCGACCCUGGACUGGCCGCACUCGUUUCAGUGGCGUCACUCGGAGACCCGUCUGCCGACGUGGAUGAUGGAGCCGCCCCAAACUCCCCGGGACAGGUUGACAUGCUCGUCUCCGCCGCCGACUCCGCUCCCGUCUCCGAAACAAACGGUGCCAUGUCACACCUCGCCGAAAACCACGUCCCAGCCGCCUUUGGUCAUGAUCGAUCAAGCGACGCAAGCUACAGACACCCCAGAGGCCACGGCCCUGCAGGCCAUCGUGGAUUCCAACGCCAAGGCGACAAAUGCGCUUCAAGUCGAAGUCGCACAGCUGCAGCACACGGUGCGCGAACUCCAGGCGGCGGUGUUUGCGCUGCAACAGCAGCAGACGAAAGCGCCCCUUCCCGCGCCACCCCCGCCGCAGACCACCCAUCGCUACAACAACCUGUUCGUGUCGGUGCCAACGUCGCUUCUUCCUCCCAAAACGAAAUUGCACUGGGAUAUCUGUGAGUUUGUGACCCACUUGCAAGCUGAAACACACAGCCGCCUCGCGGCGCACACGGCGGUCAGCCGGUUCUGCGUCUCGGCCGUGCAGGCGCUGUGGCCGCGGGCUCAAGUCCGUCCAUAUGGAUCGUUCGUGACGGGUUUGUCGCUGCCGUCGAGCGAUUUGGACUUGGUCAUUUGCCUGCCCAAGGUCCGCCGCGACGAACCCGCCGAAGCCCCGGGCGUGCUAGAAGGACGCAAUGCUAUCAAGGAAACGUGGCAGCAGCAUCUAGCUCGAAAGCUCCGGUCCGAGUCGUGGGUCGUGCCCGAGUCAGUCAAAACGAUCCCCAACGCUUCGAUCCCGAUCAUCACGCUGCUCACGACGGCACCGUACCAUGUACGGCUCGACAUUUCGUUUGAAGGGCCUGGCCACAACGGCCUCGCCACAAACGACCUCGUCCACUCAUUCCUCCAUGAACUGCCUGCGCUCGCGCCGCUCAUGCUAGUCCUCAAGACGUUCAUCAUCGAUCGAGGACUGGGCGUCGCGUACACGGGCGGCCUGUCGAGCUAUGCGCUGCUGCUCAUGGUGACGCGAUUUCUCCAGGAAUUCGAGGUCGGCAAUCGGACGUGCCACCCCGAAGCGGUCAGUACCCAGUGCAACUUGAUUGUGAGCACCCAAAGCCGCACGGAUUUUGGCACCAUGCUCCUCGGGUUCCUCAACUUUUACGGGUCCAAGUUUGACCCGCGCCAAACUGGCAUCAGUGUGGCGUCGCGAUGUUUUCUCGAUCGCGACGAGCUCGUGCAGCACUCGACGGCCGCCACGACCGUGUGGCACAACGUCCCGAUGGAGCACGUCCAGUUCGAGAACCUCAACUUGAGCUCGCCUGGUUCGAAGCGACAAAACUUGCACCGCGACCAUUGGACCGGCCCCGCGCCGUUCAAGCCGUGCGACUACGACCCGCACAAAUUUGACCCGAUUUAUAUCCAAGACCCGCUUCGUCCUGGCAACAACGUCGGUCGCAACUGCUUCCGGAUCAUGCAAUUGCGGCGGGCGCUGGCGAGUGCGUGGUCGACGAUGAAUCUGGACGGUCCCAUCGCGCUCCCGUCAAAUCGAUACGUUGGCGGUGUGCCCCUCCACCCCAACAAUUUGCUGCGGAGCAUCCUGACGUGUACGAACGAGCCAAAGUACAAACCGCACGCACUGCUGCCUCUCGACACGCCAGGCCAUCAUCACCCCACGCCACCGCUCACGUUCCAGCACCACUACCAACCCCACCACCAUCCCCUCCACACGCAACCGCUCGCGUCGCCGCCUCGUCAAAUGCACAUUCCACGUCAACACUCGGCGACAAAGGCAAUCAAGUUGCCGACGACUCGACAGGACAUCCCCCAGCGCAGGCAUAGCGAAUGUGUGAAUGACGUGCAGAGUAUCAUCAACGCCCCGACCGACGACGACCUGUUGCGCAGUCCGGCCAGCGCCCGGUCGUUAAGCUUUGCCGACGUCGUGGUCAAGCAGUUGCAGCGUAAACAACUUCGGCACCAGGCCGCUGUCUCACCGACCGUUGCCCGGCACUCAGUGAAAGACGACAUCGAGCACGACGACGACGGCGUCGUCGAAGCGUCGGGGGGCGAAGAGCCCUCCGCCAUCGACGAAGCGAACGCGAUGCAGGACAGGAGUUGUACAGAAAGCGAGUGAAUUCGACAGGGCGUCGACGGAGGUCGCUACGAACGGCAGUAUAGAAAGCCCUGGACAUCACGUUGAUGUGAAUACGGAGACUGUACAAAGACAAAUGAAUCCAUAUGACAUCACG